CAAGACUGCAGGUUUCUUUAAUUCCAAGCCAUGAAUGAAUCCAGGUGGACUGAAUGGAGGAUCCUGAACAUGAGCAGUGGCAUUUUGAAUGUGUCCGAGCGUCACUCCUGCCCACUUGGAUUUGGCUACUACAGUGCAGUGGAUGUCUGCAUCUUCGAGACAGUUGUGAUUGUCUUGCUGACAUUUCUCAUCAUUGCUGGGAAUUUAACAGUUAUCUUUGUCUUUCACUGUGCUCCACUCUUACAUCAUUAUACUACCAGCUAUUUUAUUCAGACGAUGGCAUAUGCUGACCUUUUCGUUGGAGUUAGCUGCUUGGUUCCUACUCUCUCACUUCUCCACUACUCCACAGGUGUCCACGAGUCACUGACUUGCCAGGUUUUUGGAUAUAUCAUCUCAGUUCUAAAAAGUGUUUCCAUGGCGUGUCUUGCUUGCAUCAGUGUGGAUCGCUAUCUUGCCAUAACCAAGCCUCUUUCCUACAAUCAACUGGUCACCCCAUGUCGCCUGAGAAUUUGCAUCAUUUUGAUCUGGAUCUACUCCUGCCUAAUUUUCUUGCCUUCCUUUUUUGGCUGGGGGAAACCUGGUUACCAUGGUGACAUUUUUGAAUGGUGUGCCACCUCUUGGCUUACCAGUGCCUAUUUUACUGGCUUCAUUGUUUGUUUACUUUAUGCACCUGCUGCCUUUGUUGUCUGCUUCACUUAUUUCCACAUUUUCAAAAUUUGCCGGCAGCACACCAAAGAGAUAAAUGACCGAAGGGCUCGAUUCCCCAGCCACGAGGUAGAUGCUUCCAGGGAGACCGGACACAGCCCUGACCGUCGGUACGCCAUGGUUUUGUUUAGGAUAACCAGUGUAUUUUACAUGCUGUGGCUUCCCUAUAUCAUUUACUUUCUUCUAGAAAGCUCCCGUGUCUUGGACAAUCCGACACUGUCCUUCCUGACAACCUGGCUUGCUAUAAGUAAUAGUUUCUGUAACUGUGUAAUAUACAGCCUCUCCAACAGCGUUUUCCGGCUAGGCCUCCGAAGACUGUCCGAGACAAUGUGCACAUCUUGUAUGUGUGUGAAGGAUCAGGAAGCACGAGACCCCAAACCUAGGAAACGGGCUAAUUCCUGCUCCAUUUGAAGAUGACUACAGAGUAAAUCAAAUGAAAUCUGACAGUGGUUUUGGAUUAGAGUCUUGAUUCAUCUGGAAAUUUGCCACCAUAGAAAUAUUUACUUGAAUAGUUGACUGUGAAGUGAAAAAUGAGACUAAAGGUUUCUUUUCUUUUUCUUUGUUCGUGGAAGAAACUGAAGGAAGGAAAUGUAUAGAGGGUUAUUUCAUGAGUGUGUGAGUAUAAUUUUGCAGUAAUAGGAAAAAUUAAGCAAUGAGGUUGAAAAAAAAGUAUCUUAAAUAUUUUGUAGGACAUGAGCAAGCCCCUCGGCAUCUCUCUGUCUCUCUGUCUGACUGUACUCUCU